AUGAGUGAUAAACAGCAAGAUAUUCAACCAGAAAUUUUAGCUAUGGAUAAACCAGACCUCCCUGUUGAACAGGAGCCUCGUAAAGAUGAAACUACGACCGAAGGUCUCGAAGAAACUGAAAGUACGGCGAGUAAAAAGGUUAGAAUGUUGCGUAGUCGCAAAAAAUCAGCAAAAACUAGACUCACUAAAGCUAGAAAUCAACUCGCAGACCUUGUAGACAAGAAAGAUCUUGGACUAGGCAGCUUAGCAGCUAAAACUGAAAUAAGAAAAGCAGUUUUCAAAGUUGAAAGCGAGUUCAAUAUUAUUAUCAAGCUAAUUUAUAAACUUAAAGAAAUUAUUGCACUUGAAGACGGCGAUGAACAUACGGAUAUUGACGAGAUUAUUGAAGCCCUUGACAAAGAAGUAGAAGAACUAACAGAUAUUGUUGACACUGCUGUAAAACGUGCUAAAGAGCAUAUACAACAACGACUAGCGAUGGGUGAAGAAAAAUCGGAUACAGCCUCAUUUUUAUCAAAGGACAAUUUUAAUGAUGAUCAAAGUUCAGUACUAUCUAUUCAAUCCUCAUUGGCAUUGAAGAGACGUAAAGAAGCUGAAGAGUCAAAGGAGAGACUUUUAGCUUUAGAAAAAGAACAGGAACAAGAAGAGGAAGAACUGCAAAGGCGAGUCGCUGCACUGCAACUAACCAAGCAAAGAACCGAAGAAGCACGACAAGUGGUGGUCAUCAAUGAAACAAGAGCAACUGCAGCUGAAAACGAUGCAACGAUUGAGGCGAAAGCGGUGUCUGAAAAACCUAGAGACGCACAAAAAGCAGUUUGUGUUUGAAAUGCCUGACCUUCCUGCCAAACAAUGCCCAGCUGAAACCGAACAUCUUCAACGACGACUUGCACCCAUAAAAUUUAAAGGGGUAGAACUGCCUAAAUUUUCAGGAGAAGUCAAAGCGGACUAUGCACCAUGGAAAGCCGCAUUCAUGUCAGUUGUGGACGAGGCUGCUAUAUCUACGAAAGAGAAAAUGCUCCGCCUCCAGAAUAGUUUGACGGGAAAAGCAUUAAGGAUGGUUAAGGACUUGGGUUUCACUGUCAAUGCAUACGAGAGGGCGAAAGAGAAACUAGAGAAAAAGUACGGCGGGGAAAUAACACUUCAGAUAUCAAAUCUGACGACACUUCUUGGGUGGUCAAAAUUGAGACCAAACAACUUAGAGGAUAUGGAAGAAUUCUUGGCAGUAUUGGACAGAGUAUUAGUGUCAUUACGAGAUAGUGGACAUGGAGCAGAGACGAAUGGACAGAAUCUUAAUUUGACAGCGAAAGAGAAAUUGUCAGCAAAGGAUGUUGAAGCAUAUAAAUACUGGUUGUUUGAACAAAGUGAACGAGAUACCUUCGAGAAUCUUGUGAGUUGGCUGGAGAUGAAGGUGCAAAUAAUGGACGAGACCAAAGACGAGAGGCGAGACGACAAGAGUGAUGACAAGGUUGAGAAGAAAAGACGAGAUCGUGGAUUUGGUACUAACAACAAGCGAAGACCAAGAGGAUGUGUGGUAACGACCAGUAAGGAAGACCAUCCGCCAUGGGUCUGCCCAUUAUUUAAGAAAAUGACUGUUCCCGAACGAAAAGAGCUUAUCUCGAAAAGUGGACGGUGUUUCCGAUGCCUGGCAAUGGGGCAUCAAAGUAGAGAUUGCAACAACGGAAGAAAAUGUGGAAUUGAUGGCUGUACAAGCGACCGUCAUAGUAGAUAUCUUCACGAGAAUAACCAGCUACGACCUGAUGACUCGUCAACCCACCAAACUCGGAGCAAGAACCCUGAGGAUUCCUCGUCCCCCAUUACCAAACCUCAAGAUGACGCCCGAGAGACAACCCACGCAACCAACAAAGUCGACAAUGUAUCGUUGAUGGUCUUACCAGCUCUCAUCACGAAUGGAAGAAAGAAAUUGAAAGUAAACGUGAUGUUGGAUCCUUGCUCUAGAUCUACUGGAACUUAUGUGACAGAGAGUGCUUCGCAUGAACUUGAUUUACGUGGCCAAGUUCAAAGUUUGACAAUUUCCGGGACGGGCGGAUCUCAAGUCAAGAAACAAUCUCGCCGAGUUGAACUGUCCGUGACCAGUCUUAGUGAAGAAUUUUCAACUAAGUUGCCUGCAAACGUGCUUAAAAAUAUCACAGGAGAGACUCCUGCAUUUCAGUGGUCAGAGCUGAAGGGAAAGUGGCCACACCUUGAGUCAAUACCUUUUGAUAGUGUAUCGAGACGGAGUCAGAUUGAUGUCCUCAUCGGGAGUGAUCAUCCUAUCGUCCAUCGCGUGCUGCGAGAAGUGCACGGUCCUAACGAUGAUGAUCCUAUCGCACGACUGACCAACUUGGGUUGGGUCUGUUUCGGCCCAGCACUGUCUUCCAGAUUCCGUAGUGACACUCGAACUCAUACUAACAGAACAUACCAGGCAGCAGACGCCUCCUCAACCGAGCAAGCGACCAAUGACGCACGACGAAGAUUCUGGGAUCUUGAAUCAUUGGGCAUCAAGGAUGACUCGGGUCAACCAACAUUGACACCUGACGAGCAAGCCGCAGUUGAUCAGCUUCAAAAUACACAAAAGUUGAAGGACGGGAAUUAUGAAAUUGGAAUUCCUUGGCGAAAAUUUGAACCGAGGUUCAGUGAAAAUUACGACAUGGCGUUAUCCAGGCUUGAGAGCCUGGAAAAGUCUCUAUCGAAGAAAGGCCCUGGGGUGAAGACAGCUUACCAGCGAAUCAUCGACGACUAUAUAGCAAAAGAUUACGUAAGAAUAGUGCCUAAGACAGAUGAAAAUCAGUGGUUUCUGCCACACUUCCCUGUUGUAAGAGAAGAUAAAUCUACUACCAAGGUCCGUGUUGUGUUCGACGCCGCCGCUAAACACAAGGGAAAUGCAAUGUUGACAUUAUUGACACUAGCACACACGUGACUAGAAAGUUAGUUAAGUAUUUUAGAAGCACGAGGCUAGGGAACCGGGAAGUAAUUGGAUACGUACUAUGCUGUUUGCACAAGUUGUUUGACAUUGGCGACGAGGUAAACAAACAAACAAAAAAAACAGCUAUCGUUUAUCAAUACAAACGAUUUUGAAAUCUCUAGUUUACGAAUACAGUCAUGGCGACUGGCCGAAUCAAUGUAGCUCCAAUGGCGCCAUUUGAUCCUAUGUCCGAUCCAAACUCUCUCAGUCAGCGCUGGAAAACGUGGAAACGACGAUUUGAAACAUAUCUUGUUGCUCUGAAUGUGACUGAAAAGAAACAAAAGCGGGCUCUCUUGUUGUACCAAGCUGGCCAAGAGACUCAGGAUAUUUUUGAUACCCUUGUUGACAUCGGCGAAGACGACGACUAUGAUUCCGCUAUCGCUGCCCUCGAUACGUAUUUUCACCUAAAAAACAUGUCGAUUUUGAAAUUUUUAAGUUUCGUGAAGCCAAACAACAACCACAUGAAACAAUCGAUCAGUUUUCAACUCGUCUUAGGAAGCUGGCGGCAACCUGUGACUUCGAAAAUAUCGACAAAGAAGUAAAAUCGGCCAUAAUUCAAAACUGUUUAUCGAAACGUCUACGACGCUACGCCCUGCUUGACUCGGAAGUUACGCUAGCCAAGAUUCUCGCAAAAGGCAGAGCUUUUGAACUCAGUGAAUCGCAGGCAACCGGCAUUGAAAACGCAUUUGAAUCAAAACAAAUUUCUGACGAAGUAGUUGAAGCUGUCCAUCCUACAACGAAACAUAACAACCAUCGUGAUAAACAACAUACAUCGUUUCACAGCCAAGACUUUUACACCUCAUCAGAGUGUCGGAAUUGUGGGGGGCCCUGGCCCCAUAACAACAAUAUUUGUCCCGCGAAAGGAAAAUCUUGUCUGAACUGUGGAAAAUCAAACCAUUUUGCGAAAGUCUGUCGAAGUGCUCGCAAGGCUCGCGUCGGUCAACAAGAGAAUCGAAGGCCUUCAAAAAAAUACCACAAAAACAAAGUUCACAAGAUUUAUGGCAAACCCUCCAGCAGUGAAAGCAGUAGCGAGGAUGAAUUUAUUUUUACUCUGAAACCGACAGGUAGAGACAAAACAACUCCACAGGUUCAAAUCUCAGUCAACACCACCCCUAUCAACAUGGUUAUCGACACUGGUGCUUCCAUCGACAUCAUCGAUGAACUUGCUUUCAACACCUUGCAAAAACAGAGACCCAUAGCCCUUCAACGUUCCAAAACACGUAUUUUUGCAUAUGGAGCUACAAACCAGCUACCUGUUAUGGGACAAUUUCGUGCAACUCUAGAAUGUUUGACUGGUGCAACAACCACGCAAGUUCAUGUUAUCAAAGGAAAUUUUGGUUGUUUGCUAAGCUAUCAAACGGCAUCUGCUUUGGGUCUAAUCAUGCUGAAUGUUAACAAUGUGAAACCGGAACAUGAACAACUGAUGAAAGAGUAUGCCCAUCUGUUCAACGGAAUUGGCACUCUUAAAAAUUUUGAAGUUAAAUUGCACAUUGAUGAUACUGUCCCUCCAGUAGCACAAACCCCCCGUCGUAUUCCUUUCCACAUGCGGCAAAAGGUCUCAGAUGCGCUCGACACGUUAGAAAAUGAUGGAAUUAUUGAAAAAGUAUCAGAUGCCACUCCUUGGGUCAGUCCAUUAGUUGUUAUCCCAAAGAAAGAUGGUGAGAUCAGGCUAUGCAUUGAUAUGCGCAUGGCUAAUCAGGCAAUUCAACGCGAAAGACAUCCGACCCCAACUGUGGAUGAUUUAAUUCACAAAUUAAACGGCGCCACCAUAUUUACAAAGCUUGAUCUUCGCUCGGGAUACCACCAGUUAUCUCUCGCUGAGGAAAGUCGACACAUACCACAUAACACAAAGGACUCUACCGCUAUGAAGUUGAAUUUUGGCACCAAUUCGGCAAGUGAAAUCUUCCAACAUGUAAUUAGCGAACAAAUCCGUGACAUUCCGAAUGCCAUCAACAUUAGUGAUGACAUAAUUAUCUUUGGCAUAACCCAAGCUGAGCAUGACAAAGCUCUUCAUGAAAUUUUUGAGCGGUUUUCACUCAUUGGAUUAACCUUCAACAAAGACAAAUGUGAGUUCAGUCAAUCGCAGCUCACAUUUUUUGGUUUUGUCUUCUCAGGUGAUGGCAUUUCACCGGAUCCAGCGAAGGUUUCAGCAAUUCACAACUGCCCACCUCCAAAUUCAAUUAAAGCUGUUCGGAGUUUCCUUGGGAUGGUGACAUAUUGUGCGAAAUUUAUCCCUAAUUUCAGUGAUCUCACAGAGCCUUUGCGAGAAUUAACGAGAAAAAAUGUGCCUUUUUGCUGGACAUCUAGGCAUGCUAAAUCCUUCAACGCAGUAAAAGCUGCCCUCACACGUGCAACAGUUAUGGCAUAUUUUGAUCAAACCAAGGAAACAGAACUUAUCACUGAUGCAUCACCUUUUGGUCUCUCAGCUAUUCUGACACAGAAAGUCCCAGGAUCAGACCAACAAAAUGUUGUUGCAUAUAUCAGUCGUUCGCUGUCGGAUGUUGAGAGACGAUACUGUCAAACAGAGCGAGAAGCUCUUGCAAUUGUGUGGGCAAUUGAACGUUUACAUAUCUAUCUAUACGGAGGACAUUUUACUCUGAUAACUGAUUGCAAACCAGUCGAGUUGAUUUUAAAUAAUCCACAAUCAAGACCUCCAGCCAGAAUUGAGAGAUGGAAUUUACGCUUACAAGAUUAUGACUUUAAUGUAAGGUAUACAAAGGGACUUGACAAUCCAUCAGAUUUCCUAUCUCGACAUUUACCUGUUAACAACACCACUGAUGACAGACAGUUCCAAACAAUGGCUGACAAUUAUGUUUGUUUCCUUACCCAACAUGCUGUGCCAAGAGCAAUGACUCUGCCUGAAAUACAACAAGCCACCAUGGCUGAUUCAACAUUACAGAUCCUAAGCAACCUCAUCACAACAGGUAAAUGGCAUUUAAUAGACUCUCUAGACGUACAAUCCAAUCCCAAUGUAAAGGUUUUGGACUUGAAAGCAUGUGAGAAAAUUAAAACAGAACUUACACUAAACGAGCAUGAUGGAAUUAUAUUACGAGGCUCGCGAAUUGUGCUUCCAGAAAGCCUUAGACUAAAGGCUGUUCAAAUUGCUCAUGAAGGCCACCAAGGGCUAGUAAAAACUAAACAGUUGUUGCGAGAGAAGGUUUGGUAUCCAGGUAUAGACAAGCUUGCUAAGCACACAGUGGAUACUUGUUUGUUAUGUCAGGCAAAUGGACCAAACAGUCACCAAGAACCACUGCGAAUGACGACGCUGCCUCCCCAACCCUGGCAUACAGUGAACAUUGAUUUUUGUGGACCAUUUCUAGGUGGUUCAUAUCUGUUAGUGAUUAUUGAUGCAUAUUCACGAUUUCCAGAGGUGGAAAUUGUAAGUUCAACAUCUGCAAAAUCAACAAUAUUGAAACUUGAACGAAUUUUUGCCACACAUGGUAUUCCAAAGGUGUUAAAGAGUGAUAACGGUCCACCAUUCCAGAGCCAUGAAUUUAGUCUGUACUUGAAAGAACUCGGCAUUAAACAUAAACCAAGCUCACCAUUAUGGCCCCAAGGAAAUGGACAAGCCGAGAACUUUAUGAAACCACUUGUAAAGGCUGUGAAAUCUGCCCAUCAUGAAAACAAAGACUGGAAACGUGAAAUGUUUAAAUUUUUGCUCAACUACAGAGCUACCCCACAUUCCACCACUGGCAAGUCACCGUCCGAGUUGCUAUACAACCGUAAGAUUCAAACAAAAUUACCUCAAGUGACAGUCGAAAAUGAUUCUUCACUUCAUCAAGAGGUGAAGGAGAGAGAUGAAAGGUUGAAAAAGAACCAAAAAGAAUAUGCUGAUUCCAAAAGAAGAGUUAAGUGUGCUGACAUCAAGAAAAGUGAUUUAGUUUUGGUGCGGCAACCGAAAGCAAAUAAAAUGUCCACAAAAUACGAUCCAAUACCAUAUGAAGUCACAAAUCGCCGUGGGAACAGAAUCACAGCAAUUAGGAAUGGGAAAUAUAUAACUCGGAACAUUUCGUUCUUUAAAAAGUAUCACCCCAGACAUGGCAGAUCGUUGGAGUCAACAGAGAUAAUGGAUGAAGAAAAUUAUUCCUCAGAUGAAGAUGUCCACGAAGAGCAUGAACAGUAUGAUGGACUGAGACAGAAUGAUCGUCCGCGGCAGAACAAUGGUCAGAGACAAGAUGAUGGUCCGAGAUAUCCGGCAAGAGAAAGACAGCGGGUGUACAGAUAUGGAAAUAACAUUUAUGAUUGACCUGGACUAAAACAGAUAAGAUACAGUUUAAACAUUAUAUGCAUAUUUUGUUAUAGUUAGUACUAGAGUUCAUAUUUAAAUCAAGGGAGGGAUGCAAUGUUGACAUUAUUGACACUAGCACACACGUGACUAGAAAGUUAGUUAAGUAUUUUAGAAGCACGAGGCUAGGGAACCGGGAAGUAAUUGGAUACGUACUAUGCUGUUUGUACAAGUUGUUUGAUAUCUAUUGUUACACUUAAAAGUGCUUGAUAUUGAUACAAAACCACGAACAUUACAUUGAUAUCCUAAGAUACUGAUAUCCUAAGAUACUGAUAUCCUAAGAUAUUGAUAUCCUAAGAAAAUUGAUAUCCUAAGAUACUGAUAUCCUAAGAUAUUGAUAUCCUAAGAUAUUGAUAUCCUAAGAUAAUGAUAUCCUACGAUACUGAUAUCCCAAGAAUUGAUAUCUUAAGAUAUUGAUAUCCUAAGAUACUGAUAUCCUAAGAUACUGAUAUCCUAAGAAAAUUAUAUCCUAAGAUACUGAUAUCCUAAGAUACUGAUAUCCUAAGAUACUGAUAUCCUAAGAUAAUUGAUAUCCUAAGAUAUUGAUAUCCUAAGAUACUGAUAUCCUAAGAUACUGAUAUCCUAAGAUAUCUGAUAUCCUAAGAUACUGAUAUCCUAAGAUACUGAUAUCCUAAGAUAUUGAUAUCCUAAGAUACUGAUAUCCUAAGAUAUUGAUAUCCUAAGAUACUGAUAUUCUAAGAUACUGAUAUUCUAAGAUAUUGAUAUCUUAAGAUAUUGAUAUCCUAAGAUACUGAUAUCCUAAGAAAAUGAUAUCCUAAGAUAUUGAUAUCCUAAGAUACUGAUCAGCUCCUUAGGCUCGGAGCCGAGCUUCUUAGGCUCGGAGCCGAGCUUCUUAGGCUCGGAGCCGAGCACCUUAGGCUCGGAGCCGAGCACCUUAGGCUCGGAGCCGAGCACCUUAGGCUCGGAGCCGAGCACCUUAGGCUCGGAGCCGAGCACCUUAGGCUCGGAGCCAAGCUUCUUAGGCUCGGAGCCGACCACCUUAGGCUCGGAGCCAAGCUUCUUAGGCUCGGAGCCGAGCACCUUAGGCUCGGAGCCAAGCUUCUUAGGCUCGGAGCCGAGCACCUUAGGCUCGGAGCCAAGCUUCUUAGGCUCGGAGCCGAGCACCUUAGGCUCGGAGCCGAGCACCUUAGGCUCGGAGCCAAGCUUCUUAGGCUCGGAGCCGAGCACCUUAGGCUCGGAGCCGAGCACCUUAGGCUCGGAGCCGAGCUUCUUAGGCUCGGAGCCGAGCACCUUAGGCUCGGAGCCGAGCUUCUUAGGCUCGGAGCCAGAGCUUCUUAGGCUCGGAGCCGAGCACCUUAGGCUCGGAGCCGGCUCCUUAGGCUCGCAGUCAGCUCCUUAG